UUUUGAAACAACCGGAAAUGGCCGGAAACGCCGCUAGUCAUCAAGAGGGUCAGGAAGUAAAGCUAGGUUGGAGUUGAUAUAUGACCUGAUUAUAACUUUUAAGGAUGAGCAGCUCAGAGGAGGUGUCCUGGAUCUCCUGGUUCUGUGGACUGAGGGGGAACGAGUUCUUCUGCGAGGUCGAUGAAGACUACAUUCAGGACAAGUUUAACCUGACUGGCUUGAAUGAACAGGUGCCACACUACCGACAGGCUUUGGACAUGAUCCUUGACUUAGAACCAGAUGAGGAACUUGAAGACAACCCCAACCAGAGUGACUUGAUAGAGCAAGCAGCAGAAAUGCUUUAUGGUCUUAUACAUGCCCGGUACAUCCUCACAAACAGAGGCAUCGCACAAAUGCUGGAAAAGUAUCAGCAGGGUGAUUUUGGACAUUGUCCAAGAGUCUAUUGUGAAAACCAAACUAUGCUACCCAUUGGAUUGUCAGACAUUCCUGGUGAAGCAAUGGUAAAGCUUUACUGUCCAAAGUGCAUGGAUGUGUACACACCCAAGUCCUCCAAACACCACCACACAGAUGGAGCCUAUUUUGGCACCGGAUUCCCUCACAUGCUGUAUAUGGUGCACCCCGAGUAUCGUCCAAAGCGACCAGCCAACCAGUUUGUGCCAAGGCUAUAUGGUUUCAAAAUUCACCCAAUGGCCUAUCAGCUUCAACUCCAGGCUGCCUCAAGUUUUAAAAGCCCAGUCAAAAGCAACCGCUAGAUGUCAGUGUUGUCAGUGGACACUAAUGUUGUUUACUUCUUGUUGAAACAAAUUAUUAUACUGUAUUAUAAUAAAGCUUGUACAGUUUGG